AGAUGAGUGGAGCCAUCGUGCCCGUGUGCCUUCUGUUUCUUCUCUCCAUGUGUUCAGCGUGCUACAUUUCGAACUGCCCCAUCGGAGGGAAGAGAUCCAUCAUGGAUGCACCACUACGCAAGUGCAUGGCAUGCGGCCCCGGGGACAGAGGUCGCUGCUUCGGCCCCAGUAUCUGCUGCGGCGAGAGCUUCGGAUGCCUCCUGGCCUCCCCUGAAGCGGCUCACUGCACCGAGGAGAACUACCUGCUCACCCCGUGCCAGGCCGGAGCGAGACCCUGUGGAUCAGAGGGGGGGCGCUGUGCUGCUGCAGGACUCUGCUGUGAUGCAGAAACCUGCACCACUGACCAGUCCUGUCUGAUGGAGGAGGAGACAGAUCAGACCAGUCCGUUUGAAGGCAGUGACCCCAGUGAUGUCAUCCUCAGGCUCUUGCAUCUCACCAGCCACAGCUCUCAUCGAGCUCACCAAUGAGUUGAUCCAGAUGCUAACGUCUCGGCUUUUGGUUGGAAUGGAAUUUGUAAUUCAUACAGUUGUAUUAUAGUUAGUACAGAUUGUAUGUUUAUGCCUCCUAUGUUGUUUUCGGUCAUCAACUGUUUUUUGCUGUAUCUUUAGUAUGUAACAUCUGCCUAAAUUCUGUAGAAUAUCUCAGUUAAUCAAUUUUUAUGUAAAACACAAACAAAAAAAUACAAUGAAUACUGACAAUGAAAUAGGAUGUAGAAUGUGCAUGUUGAAAUAAAGUUUGACCAUGUAAAA